AUGACCAGCUGGCCAGGAAGUAAAGCAACAUCUGGUGUGCUUCUGCUUUAAGAAGAAUUGCAAUACAGCUAUUUUGAACUAGAAAGCAGUGGCCUGAGGGAUGAGAUUCGAUAUCACUAUAUACACAAUGGGAAGCCCAGGACAGAGGCACUUCCAUACCGCAUGGCAGACGGACGAUGGCACAAGGUUGCACUGUCAAUUAGUGCCUCUCAUCUCCUGCUCCAUGUUGACUGCAACAGGAUUUAUGAGCGUGUGAUAGACCCUCCGGAGGCCAACCUUCCCCCAGGAAUCAAUUUAUGGCUUGGCCAGCGCAACCAAAAGCAUGGCUUAUUCAAAGGGAUCAUUCAAGAUGGGAAGAUCAUCUUUAUGCCGAACGGCUACAUAACACAGUGUCCAAACCUAAAUCGCACUUGCCCAACCUGUAGUGAUUUCUUGAGCCUGGUGCAAGGAAUAAUGGAUUUACAAGAGCUUUUGGCCAAGAUGACUGCAAAACUAAAUUAUGCAGAGACAAGACUGAGUCAAUUGGAAAACUGUCAUUGUGAGAAGACCUGUCAAGUGAGUGGACUGCUCUAUCGAGACCAAGACUCUUGGGUAGAUGGUGACCACUGCAGGAACUGCACAUGCAAAAGUGGUACCGUGGAAUGCCGAAGAAUGUCCUGUACUCCUCUCAAUUGUUCCCCAGACUCUCUGCCCGUGCACAUUGCUGGCCAGUGUUGUAAGGUCUGCCGACCAAAAUGCAUCUAUGGAGGAAAAGUUCUUGCAGAAGGCCAGCGGAUUUUAACCAAGAGUUGUCGGGAAUGCCGAGGUGGAGUUUUAGUAAAAAUUACAGAAAUGUGCCCUCCUUUGAAUUGCUCAGAAAAGGAUCACAUUCUUCCAGAGAAUCAGUGCUGCAGUGUCUGUAGAGGUCAUAACUUUUGUGCAGAAGGACCUAAAUGUGGUGAAAACUCAGAGUGCAAAAACUGGAAUACAAAAGCUACCUGCGAGUGCAAGAGUGGUUACAUCUCUGUCCAGGGAGACUCUGCCUACUGUGAAGAUAUCGAUGAGUGUGCUGCUAAGAUGCAUUACUGUCAUGCCAAUACUGUGUGUGUCAACCUGCCUGGGUUAUAUCGCUGCGAUUGUGUCCCAGGAUACAUCCGUGUGGAUGACUUCUCUUGUACGGAACAUGAUGAAUGUGGCAGCGGGCAGCACAACUGUGAUGAAAAUGCCAUCUGCACCAACACCGUCCAGGGUCACAGCUGCACCUGUAAACCGGGCUACGUGGGGAACGGGACCAUCUGCAGAGGUAGGCUUGCCGCCUCAGGGGUGAGCUGUGAGCUGCCGCCCUGCCUGGGCUCAGGGUAUUCAGGUGGCAGACCCUCUUGGCCACACAGGUGGCUGAACACGGACAGGGUUCCUGUUGCUGGUUUAUCAACAGGCAAGGGCACUGUGCAUCAGAGAAAGAGAAAAAUCCUUUGGUUUAGCUUUUUUGUUGGAAAAGAAAAAGGUGAGGGUGUGGUAAGGGCCAUGGUCCCACAACUUGAUGGUUCUGUUCAGCUUUGCCUUUUGGCCCGAGUUUAUGAGGGAAGCUCUGAUUGUGAUGGGGGUUGUUCUUUCCUGGGAACUUUGCUCAGAUAG